UACAUUGCAUGAUAACUAAGUUCACAUAACUUCUAAGGUCCAUGGAAAAGGUCCUCCGCCAAAUGGAAGUAAAACAUGUAAAGAACGAACAGAAAUGAAAUUUAUAAACGCAGUUCUUUACACAACCAACCGAAGACGUGCGGCUGAAUUUGCUCCUGGCCAUGUCUCCUCUUAAGACUUUCAGGACGAGGAGAUUCCUGGUAAAGAAACAAAAGCAGAAUCGUCCCACUCCCCAGUGGGUUCACAUGAAAACCAGAAGUAAGAUCAGGCACAACUCCAAGAGAAGACGCUGGAGAAGAACCAAGUGGGGUCUAUAAUGAGCCUCACACAUGAGGUGGCACACAGUUCACGCUGUGUCAAGGUCACGUGCAUCUUCCCAAAUCACUCUGAAAACACCACUACUGUCUGAAUGGCUGGGUAUGUUUAACUGGGAAGAUGAUUUUUCUCUGUGUCAGUGUUUCUGCACUAGUGCUUUGGCUCAGUAAUAAAUGUUUGAGACUUUUUGUUGGGGAAAAAAAACAUUUGAAAGCAUUUAAAACUGAUGAACUCCAAACAGUAUAUAUUUUCGUAACUAGUCUGCAAAGUGUUAAUCAUACUCACUGGCAAAGUCUGUCACUUUCUGUUGGAUCACUGGGUUGAUUUUUUAAA